AUGAAGGACUCACCAGCAACACCACUUCCACAUAAGUCGCAUGCCCAUGCCCAAGUGGAGCUAAAGAUAUCCUGCACAGAUUUACCUAACUUGGAUUAUAUAUCGAAAACCGAUCCUCAGGUCAUACUGUUGAGUAAGGACCAGAGAACUCAAAAAUGGAGUAAUACACCGCAUGCAACUGAAGUCAUUAAGAACAACUUGGAUCCGAAAUUUGUGAAAGGCAUUGUGGUGGAUUACUUUUUCGAGGAACUUCAGAAGUAUAGAUUUAUAGUCGUCAACGUAAAUGACAAGCAAAACCAAGACUGGAGAGAUCAAGAAUUUAUUGGGCAAUUCGACUGUGAUCUUGGAUCAAUACUGGGUAGUCCGGGAGGUAAGAUUAAGGGAAGACUGAUCUCCCCAAAACAUCGUGGAAAAAAACGCGGAUUCAUAAUUAUAACGGCCGAAGAGGUCAGCAGCUCCAGGAGGGAGGCAAAGCUCCAAUUCCGUGCCCAUAAUGUUGGAAAGGGUGGCCUGUUUGAAACGAAAACGAAUUUAUUCUUUACUAUCAGCAGGAUCAACGAAGACAAAACAUUUUCGCCAGUUUAUGAAUCAAUUGAUGUUACAUCAACAAGUCCCUUGUGGCCAGCAUUUACCAUCCGAGAAUCUACUUUGUGUAAUGGAGACCCGAAUAGAACUAUAAUGUUUCAAGUACAUCAACGUAAAAAGAAUGACACAUCCUCAAUUCAAGGCCAAUACUCGCUUACCCUCCGAGAAAUAAUGACCGGAAAUCGCAGAUUUACUCUUCAGUCACCUUCUGGUGACACCAAAAAGAAUGCAUAUAUCGAAAUUCUUCAAGCGCAAAUCGAAGAACCACCAACGUUCUUAGAUUAUAUCAUUGGAGGUAUGCGAGUGAAUCUCGCUGUAGCUAUCGAUUUCACCACGUCGAAUGGAGAUCCUAGAUCAUUAAAGAGUUUACAUUAUGCAUGCGGCACGAAGGAUAAUGACUACCAGAAAGCAAUUCGGAAUGUCGGAAGCAUAUUGGAGAGUUAUGACCAUAAUAGAAAGUUUCCAGUAAGUUACAAGUUAGCAUUGACCACCUUGCGAUUUCGAAGACAGUUCUCAAUAAUUGGAAUCAAUCGUAGGUAUACGGGUUUGGUGCCCGAGGUUGAAGGAGUUGGUGGGAUAUUAGCUGCAUACUUGAAAACGAUCAAAUCUGUGGAAUUAUAUGGUCCCACGUGUUUCUCCCCGGUUAUAGAGCAAACGAUAAAUGAAAUAGAAGAAAAAUUAAAGACCGGAGACAUCAACGGGGUAAUUACAGAUAUGGAAGACACUAUAAGGGCAAUAAUAAAGGCCAGUGCUCUUCCUCUGUCCAUAGUUAUUGUUGGUGUGGGUAAUGCCGAUUUCACAGCUAUGAACAUUCUUGAUUCGGACGAUCAUCCAUUAAUGCAAGCGUCCAACAACAAAAAGGGACAACCAUUAAAAUCGCAAAGAGACAUAGUACAAUUUAUUGCAUUGAGAGAUUUCCAGUCGAAAACGACACAACAUCAUUUACCCAGAGCUGUGCUAGAAGAGAUUCCUGGUCAGUUCAUGAGCUAUAUGAAGAAAAAUAAUAUAAAGCCAUCUCCUCCCGCUUACGUGAAGGCAGAAGAAUUAUUGGUCAGCAGUAAAUUUGAUGUCAAAGGAUUGGAUGAGUCACCACCCUAUUAUAGUGACUAA